AAGAGGGGAGACCAAAGAGCAGGUCGCAACUCGAACUUUCUCAUUCUUUCACAUUUUCGUGCCUUGAUGAGCCUCACGAGUCUGGUUCCGGUUGCAGAUGGUGACGAUUCGAGGAAAAGCGGCCGUAGACUGCGUAGUACACGAGAUGAAAGAUGACGCGGCUUCGCCCUCGUUGGCGCUCGAAGCUCGAGUUACGCGGGACGCGACGGGUGGCUUCGAACGAAGAGGCCCGAAGGAGCGCCGAAGGUACGGUCGGCUCGUAGUAAAAAAACCAUUUCUCUUCUGCGUUCGCUGCACUCGCUGCGCUGGGCCGCGCUGGGCCACGCCGGGAACCAGCAAACGGCAAAAAAGGCGAAACUCCCAAGAAUCAAUGUGUGAGAGAAACGCGUCGAGCUAUUUUGUAUCACGGACGUUUCCGCGGAGCAGUAACGAUGGAGCCGCGAAUAACGUCACCGCAGCCGUAAUAACGACCGGAUGCACGGGUCGGGAGAGCGGGAGCAGGGCCCGGUCCCCGCAACUCGCCACGUGACGUUGGCACCCUGCUCAAGGGCACCGCAUCAGGAGGUGGGAUUCGAACCCACAACCUGCGGGCCUGAAGGCAGCAGCUGGGUCGCAGCCCGCAAUUCCGUGUAGAAGUGGCUCGACUUUGUCCUAUAAACCACGGCGACGUUUGUUACAAACAUCAUCAUCUUUCUUGCUUUCUUCUCUCUUUGUGUCGCCCGAAAUCAUCGUGUGUGUGUGUGUGUGUGUUAGUUCACAGAGCGACGAAUAUCGACGUGUGUAUAAACACAGCGAGCAGCACUAUGCCAUGGUGUGUGUGUUUUGUACUCCCUUUGUCGUACAGUGUGUUUACUGUGCUGUCAGCCGGUGCAGCUCAGCGACGCGUCCCGCCGCGAGACGCGGCGACGGCGACGCGACGCGCGCGCUCUGCCUCCGGCUCCUGCGCAGAAAAACCUGGCUUCCAGCAGCAAGCUGAGACGGGAAUGAUGAGUAGCGCCGCGUGUGACGGAAAGACCAUGUUUGGCGUAGUGGUCGCAGGCCUCGGUAUCGCGGGACAGGUUCGGAUCAGGGACCUGCUUUCGCCGCUGCCCUCCAGCCCGGCCGAGAAGAUGAGCAUUAAAGGAUUUGUGUCCAGGAGGAACCUGCAGGAGCAGCAAGGGGUGACGCAGAUCCCUCUGGAUGAGGCCUUGAGCAGGGAGGACAUCCAUGCGGCCAUCGUGAGCACGGAGAACUCGUCGCACGAGGACUACGUCAGGAAGUUCCUGGAGGCCGGGAAGCACGUGUGUGUGGAGUACCCCAUGGCCCUGUCCUACGCCGCUGCUGUGGAGCUCUUCCGAUUGGCUGACGAGAAGGGGAAGGUGCUGCACGUGGAGCACAUUGAGCUUCUUGCCGCUGACUACAGGCAGCUGAAGAAGGAGGUGUGUGGGAAGAGCCUCCAGGAGGGAAGCCUUCAUUUCACAGCUGGACCCGUGGCUCCGGGCUUCGGGUCCCUGGCGUUCAGUGGGAUCUCCCGCCUCACCUGGCUGGUGGACCUGUUCGGCGAGCUCAGCGUGACGGGUGCGAAGCUGACGGAGGAACCCGAGAAGAAGUACACGAAGCUCACAGCCCACCUGCUCACCCAGGACCGCAGGUCGCUCACCUGGAUCGAGGAGCGCGGCCCUGGCCUGCGGCGCAACAAGACCAUCGACUUGCGCUUCGACUCGGGUCGGGUGGACCAGCUGCCGGCAGUGCCGCGGGACCCCGUGGGCCUCUUUGCCCAGGACCUCCGCAUCUUCGGCCGCAAGCUCCUGGGGCAGGUGGCUACCGAGGCUCUGCAGGCGGAGCGGAAGCGUGUCCUUCACUGCCUGCAGCUUGCAGAUCGCAUCUCCCAGCUGGUCCAGGCACCGCAGCAGAGCGCCUCCUAGUGGCAGGUGGCGUCACUCGCAGCUGUGGUGAGGGAGGCGUUGUAGUGCGGCACCGACACCCUUUAGAGCGACAGUUUAGCGGCGAGAGAGGAACUCGCCAAAAUCUCUUAAUGAAUUUUACUAAGUGCGGGAGAGUGCUUUGAUCAUUUAAGUUACAUCUCAAAUGUUUUUUGAAAGAAUGAUUUCUUUUUUCCCCACUAUGGUGGUUUUUCUGUUUUAUUUUCCAUAUCACCUUCUCUUGAGCUCGUGGAAAAUUGUGGAUGUAGAGCUGAUGAGAGAGAGGUUCCUCCCUGCGUGUGCGUGCACCAUCAAGUGCUCUGUUGCGUUUCCAGUCCAGUCCAGUCCCGUACGUUGAUCCUUUAUUUGGGAAACUAUGAAAGGAAUGACAGCUGUUGUGAAAUUUCAGAAGAAUUGGAAGCUGAGAUGUUCCUUUCCAUCGUGCUGCUCUGACAGUCGGCACGCACGCUGCCGUAACACUCCGGUGCUUUGACUGGUCACUGAACAGGAGGUAAUAACGUUAAUGUUAAUUUCUUGCAUUUUUCUCCCUGUACUAAUAUUGAAUUUUUUAUGGUGUCAUGAAUUUCUCAGCACCAGGCCCGAGCCCAGUGCGGCCUGAGCGUUUCCGCACUCCACCCCGUCACAGUUCAUGUGGAAUGUGGCAUUUCCUCUUAGCAGUGUGUCAGUGUGUGCCGAGGGCCGCGAAACACGGACUGGUACUUUUUACUUUAGUAAAAUCAGUAAGGGGAGGAGGGGCUCUAGUUCACCAAAUACUGUUAAAGUAUGUAAAAUACUGGGCUAAGGAUAAUGUACAUGUUGACACUCACAUUACCUGUGUCAGUUAGUCCACACUGCUGUUGUGCCUUUUUUUUUUUAAAAAAAAAAAAAAAAAAAAAAAA